GCCGCGCCCCGCAUAGCCCCGGCCCUCGGCUGCCCGGUGCCGGACCCUCGCGUAGCCCCGGCCCGGGCCUCUCCUCCCCGCGGUGAAAGAGGAGGCAUGUCCGCUGCCGCCUCCGCUGAAAUGAUUGAAACCCCCCCGGUCCUCAACUUCGAAGAAAUCGACUACAAAGAGAUCGAGGUGGAAGAGGUUGUUGGAAGAGGAGCCUUUGGUGUGGUCUGCAAGGCAAAAUGGCGAGCUAAAGAUGUAGCCAUUAAACAAAUAGAAAGUGAAUCUGAAAGAAAAGCCUUCAUUGUAGAGCUUCGACAGCUGUCACGAGUGAACCAUCCCAACAUUGUCAAGUUAUAUGGAGCCUGUCUAAACCCAGUGUGUCUUGUCAUGGAAUAUGCCGAAGGAGGUUCUCUAUACAAUGUGCUGCAUGGUGCUGAACCUCUGCCUCAUUAUACUGCUGCACAUGCCAUGAGUUGGUGUUUACAGUGUUCCCAAGGAGUGGCAUAUCUCCACAGCAUGAAACCAAAGGCUCUAAUUCACAGAGACCUGAAACCACCAAAUUUGCUCUUGGUAGCUGGGGGGACAGUUCUAAAAAUCUGUGACUUUGGUACAGCCUGUGAUAUUCAAACACACAUGACCAACAAUAAAGGAAGUGCUGCUUGGAUGGCACCUGAAGUUUUUGAAGGUAGCAAUUACAGUGAAAAAUGUGACGUUUUCAGUUGGGGUAUUAUUCUCUGGGAGGUAAUCACCCGUAGAAAACCUUUUGAUGAGAUUGGUGGUCCAGCUUUCCGAAUAAUGUGGGCAGUUCACAAUGGUACUCGGCCACCUCUGAUCAAAAACUUACCUAAACCAAUUGAGAGUUUAAUGACCCGUUGUUGGUCCAAGGAUCCCUCGCAACGACCAUCCAUGGAGGAAAUUGUUAAAAUAAUGACACACUUGAUGCGGUACUUUCCAGGAGCUGACGAACCUCUGCAGUAUCCUUGCCAGUAUUCAGAUGAAGGCCAAAGCAACUCUGCCACUAGUACAGGUUCAUUCAUGGACAUCACUUCUACAAACACAAGUAACAAGAGUGAUGCUAACAUGGAACCAAGUGACUUCCAAGGAGCUUCUACCAAUGACACUAUUAAACGUUUAGAGUCAAAAUUGGCACAACAAAUCAAAACCACAACCAAGCAGCCGGGUGAUCCUGGCCGUUUGAGUUUACCCCCAUCUCGUGGGAGCAGCGUGGAGAGCUUGUCAGAUGUUCGUGCACGACCACCGUCAGCCCUUGUUUCCGGAGAAGCCAAAAGGAUGAGUGCUGACAUGUCUGAAAUAGAAGCAAGAAUAGCUUCCAUCACAGCCUAUUCCAAGCCUAAACGAGGCCAUCGUAAAACUGCUUCAUUUGGCAACAUUCUGGAUGUCCCUGAGAUCAUCAUACCAGCAGGAAACGGACAGCAGAGGCGCAGAUCCAUUCAAGAUCUUAGUGUUGCUGGAACAGAGUCCAGUCAGGAGAGUAGAAACAGCAGUAGAUCAUCUAGUCCUAGUGUGAGAAUGAUCACUACCUCGGGACCAACCUCUGAAAAGCCAACUCGUAAUCCAUGGACACCUGAUGAUGCAGAGACCAAUGGGUCAGAUAACUCCAUCCCAAUGGCAUAUCUUACAUUAGAUCAUCAGUUACAGCCUCUAGCACCGUGCCCAAACUCCAAAGAAUCUAUGGCUGUGUUUGAACAGCACUGCAAAAUGGCACAAGAAUAUAUGAAAGUUCAGACAGAAAUUGCAUUGUUGUUGCAGAGGAAACAAGAACUAAUAGCAGAACUGGACCAGGAUGAAAAAGACCAGCAAAACACAUCCCGUCUGGUACAAGAACAUAAAAAGCUGUUAGAUGAAAACAAAAGUCUCUCAACAUACUAUCAGCAAUGCAAAAAACAAUUAGAGGUCAUCAGAAAUCAGCAACAGAAACGGCCAGGCACAUCAUGAUUUCCUGGGACCUUUCAAAUGAAAAAUAUGCACAGAAAAGACUGAUUUAUUUUUUUUUUUUAAUUGAUAUUAUUAUCCCUUAUUAUGACAGCUCUUGAGUGUUAGCUUCUUGGUGUGAUCUGUACUUGUCUGCUACACUUAACAUCAUUUAAUUUUCUCUUUCCUAUGGUGGACAUCCAGUUCAACAGGUUAAUCGAAUAAGGUGAGAAAACAGUGACUUCAAUUAACCAACAGCCCUCAGUUGAAAGCAAGAAGAGUGGCUGCUUGCAUGCUCCUUGUGUGAAGGCUAGCCUAACAAGUGUUAAGGAGGCUGCUAAAUUUCAAGACCCUGUUUUUAGUUUUUGGUGUUACCUCAAUAAGAGCAAAAAAAAGAAAAAGACUUUCCUGUUUAAGAAUGGUCUUGUUCCAGUGUCUCAUCUCAAACUAUUAUUAUGAUGAUUGAUUGUUUUCAGGACUUAAACAGGCGCCAGGCUGCAGAGGUGAUGUUGGCUGACCACAGUAAUUAGUGAUGCCUUUUACCUGUAGACAUAGUGUAUUUUUUCCACAUGCAGAAUGAUAGGCAAACUGAUGCCAGCAUCCUUGGUUCAGUGCUUGAGAGCCCUGCAUUUUGACUAAUAUGUUUCUUGUAAUCUUGCUUUCAUAAAAUAUUUGAAGUAAAAGACUGUAUUUUGUUUACUUUCUUGCGGUGAAUGACAUGCAGUUUCACUUAAUUACCGGGCAAAAGUUAUGAAGGUGAUUCACUGGGCAAAGUUGGUCCCUUGUGAAAAGAGGAAGGAUCUGUGGAAGAGAGGAAGAAUGUGUGGAAGCAUGUUUUAAACCUUUAAAGCUUUUGUCCCUGUAGCAUCUUGGGAUGGAAAUUCAGAAAGAAAAUUAUUACAAAACUUGAAAUACUUGCUCCCUUUA